AUGGUAGUUAAGGAAGACCUGGAAGGACUUGACUUCUCCUCCGGAGUUGACGUACGGAGAGAUCGCGAAAGGCGCAACGACCCCAUCAGCAUCCACCACCACAGUGAAGGGCACAUUGGGCUGGCAUCCCAGACGCACAGUGCCAUUGUUGGCCCAAAUGGAGCGUAUUUCCGCGUCCAGGGUGGGAUAGCUAGCCGUCCGAUCACUGAGGCCACGCAAGAAGCCCACUGGCUCAAGCACCAGCCAGUUGGAAGCUGGUACAUUUGCCCGAGUCAACCGCGCGACUCCAAGCAUGUUGCCCAACUUCUUGGGCAUCUUACGGUCAAGGAGGACGGAGUGCUCGGCGGGCCCCUCACAAAGGUCAUCCGGCCAGAAAUGAUUGUCCGCGAGGCAGAUGACCUUCUCUCGUUCGAUGAACUUGUCUUCGUUGGAGUCCAUGGGCAUAUGACACUCUGCGAUAAGGCCAAAAGUGCUUUCGAGCCUGAAAUGAGGCAGAGUCAAAGUCGACAUAUCGUCCGCAAAGCCGAAGAUGUUGCGAAAGCCACUUGGCAUCGGCUUUUUACAAUUGCUGCGCGAUUCCUCCGAAUGGAUCAUGUAAAGGGCCUCCGACCUGUACCGCAAAGCUGCGUCAUGCAACUUCUUUCGGUCUUUGGAAGUCAAGUUUUUGGAUGA